AUGAAAGUUGCGAUAUUGCAUUCCAGGAGCUCAAGAACCGUCUGUGCAAAACACCUAUUUUGGGGGUACCCUGAUGCGGGCAAGGAAUUCAUAGUUGACACAGACGCAAGUGAUAUAGGACUUGGCGUUGUGUUGUCUCAACGGAAUGGUGAUCAAGAGAUUGUGAUAGCGUACUUCAGCAAGUCGUUGUCAAAGCUGGAAAGGAACUAUUGUGUCACAAGACGGGAAUUGCUUGCUGUGGUAAAGUCCUUGCAGCAUUUUAGCAAAUAUCUUCUAGGGCGGAAAUUCCACUUACAAACUGACCAUGCUGCACUGAAGUGGCUAUUGCAGUUCAAAAAUCCGGAAGGACAAGUUGCGAUAUUGAUGGAACUACUGCAGGAAUACGACUUUGUGAUCGAACAUCGCAGUGGGAAAUCUCAUGGCAAUGCAGAUGCAUUGUCAAGAAGACCUUGCCCUGAAGAUUGCAAGCAUUGUACUAGGCAAGAGGGUAAGGAAGUGGUAUCUGUGAGGAUGCUCAGGACAGACCAGCUCAGCAAUGAGUAG